GGCGGAGUCUUCAUCUUUUGAAAGUAACCGUGCUUAGUCCGACAGGCGCCAUUGUUGAGGAGUUUGCAGAGAUGUUGUGAUGCACCGAAUGGAAUUAAUUUAGCAAAACAUCUUUUAUUGUGCCAAAGACUGGAUUAGAUAAACCAAGACUUGGUUUAACAGUUCCACAAGUCAAAAGAUAUGGCACAGCGAGUCUCUGUGAAUGAUGCUGCUGGAUCCAGACGGACUUCCAGAGUUCGUGUAGCGGUUCGGCUGAGGCCCUACAUGGACAAGCAGGAUGAUAAGGGAGAGGGGCCCUGUGUCAGGGGCCUGGGGCCACAAAAGCUGGAGAUCAUCAACUGGAGGAACGCCACUGAGACCCUUCAAUACCAGUUUGACGUGUUUCAUGGAGAAGAGACGACGCAGCAGGAGGUUUUUCUGACCUCCGUCAAACCCAUCCUCCCCCACAUCCUUAAUGGUCAGAACGCCAGUGUCUUUGCCUAUGGACCCACUGGAGCAGGAAAGACUCACACCAUGCUUGGCAGUCAAGAGCAGCCGGGGAUCAUUCCCAGAGCUGUGAGGGAGGUCUUCAAUCUGGUUGGAGCUCAAGAAAAGGGGCAGGAUGGUUGGGAAUACUCGAUUGGGAUGUCUUACUUGGAGAUCUACAAUGAAAAGGUGCUGGACCUGUUGUCCCCAGGUUCCCAGGACCUGCCCAUCCGUGAAGACAAGGACAGAAACAUCCUCAUUCCCGGGCUAACGCACACACCCCUCUCAUCCUUUGCCGACUUUGACACUCAUUUCAUCCCCGCGAGUCUAAACCGCACCACAGCCUCCACUAAACUCAACCAGCGCUCCAGCCGCAGUCACGCUAUCCUCCUCAUAAAGGUAGUGAAGUCUCAGCGUGGGCCGCCACACAGGCAACAAACAGGAAAGCUGUAUUUGGUUGAUCUGGCUGGUUCAGAGGACAACCGACGUACAGGAAACCAGGGCAUUCGUCUGAAAGAGAGUGGAGCCAUCAACCUGUCCCUCUUCACCCUCAGUAAAGUGGUGGACGCUCUGAACGCAGGGGCCGGGGGCCGCGUGCCCUACAGGGACAGUAAACUCACCCGUCUGCUGCAGGACUCUCUAGGUGGUUCCGCCCAUUCUGUCAUGAUCACCAACAUCGCACCGGAGUACAGAUACUACUUUGACACCUUCUCAGCCCUUAACUUUGCCGCCAAGUCUAAGCAGAUUGUCAAUCGACCCUUUGUCAGGGAAACAGUUGUGGCCCCUACAAUUGUUCCUGGAAAGAGAUCCAGAGAGGAACAGGAGGCUGGAGGUUCUGGUGAGCCCCAGAACAAGAGGUCUAAGGAGGGGAAGAAAGCUGAACAGUGCCCAUCACUACCCGGACAUCCACAUGGUUCACCAGAUUCAUCAGUUCUGGAGAGGCUCCUGGCCCUGGAGAAGAUGAUGAUGGGCUCAGCUGAGAGAGAGAGACUUAACCUGCUCAAAACUGUGGCACAGUCCCGGAAAGAAAUUCAGAUGUUGAAGGAGAAACAGAAGGAGCUGGAAGACAAAGCAAAUAUGCUUAACAAACAGAGUGAAGCCACUGAGAAAGAGUCCAAAGAUGCACUUCUCUUUAAGUCAGAUCUGCCCCCAUUGCACAGAAAACAGUCUACAGCUGCCAAACCACGCAAACAGCAGGCCGUUGUCACACCGCUACAGGUCUCCCAGGUGCAGCCGUUGCAGCAGUGUGCUGUGGUGGUUAAACCCUCACAAUGCUUGGAUAAGAAGAAACGGGUCAAAACUGAGGUGGGUGAGGGUAAGGAAAAUGGAGGUGUGGAUCCACCCUCUGCUCAAGACGUCAACUGGGAGUCCCAUUUGGAUUCAGCGUUACUAGAGCAGUCCAGGAAGAAAAUCCUGCAGACACUGAACUCUGGCUCUCUGAAGGAGCUCAAGAGCCUGCAGCUGAUCGGAGACAAGAAAGCCAAACUAAUCAUGGGCUGGAGAGAGAUUCAUGGGGAUUUCACAGAGGUGGAAGACCUGAAGAAAAUCGAAGGCAUUACAGCUAAACGUUUCUCUUCUUUUAUAAAGGCGAAUAUUCUCAGCAGUAUGGGAAAGUGAAGCAUUUGAGCCAUGAUGUCUGAAGAGGAGCGUUUUAACACUUGUGCUUUGAGCGUUUGUGUUUUUAAUGUUUUUACACCCAUUUUAUGCGUGUAACGUUGUGUACAGUUUUUUUUUUUCUAAGUGUACAUGCUUGUGUAUACUUGACUGCUAUUUUCCAUGUUUUCUAUCAUUCCUGCAUACUUAUGCCAAUUUUCCCUUUUAGUAUUUAACUUUUUUUCUUUUUUGAAAUGAACCUAAUUUUUCAUAUGGCACUAAAUAAAUGCCAACAUCAAAGAA